ACCACCAGGACAGACAGUGAAUGAGUGAGUGAGUGAGUGAGUGUGCAAUGGAUUAGGAAGUCUCACUCUGAGAGCUAUUUAUUUGACUGUGUGUGUGAGCCUCUGUGAGAGGUUUUAUUUGUGUGUCUGUGUUUGUGUGUGUUUUGGGAACGUGGCUGGCUGUUUCCCAGAGAUGUGAUGGGGACAUAACCCAAAGGAGUGAAGGAAAUUCUGCUGCUUUGAGACAGAGAAAGAGAGAGAGGCGAUCCGUGAUGGCUAGUCACAACUCGUGGUCAUCUGCCAGCUUCAACCACUCUGACUUGUCCUACCAACAGAUCCACCAGGCUCAAAUGAUCGGCACAAUUUUGGCGAUAACUGGAAACAUCCUUAUCAGUAUUUCACUAACUAUUCAGAAACAGUCACACAUACUGCUGUCAGGCCGAGAAGACUCGAUUCCCUUUUACAAAAGCAAACUUUGGUGGUGUGGAAUCGUCGUAAUGGGAAUAGGCGAAAUAGGAAACUUUGUAGCCUAUGGCUUUGCUCCAGCAUCUCUGGUCGCUCCACUAGGAUGUAUCUCCAUUAUCGCAAGCUCCGUCCUUUCCGUGAUGUUUCUGAGAGAAAUGUUUCGUGCUUCAGAUGCCAUUGGAACUGCAGUGGCAUUACUGGGAACAUAUCUUCUGAUAACCUUUGCUCCUGAUAUUCACAAAGACAUUACAGCCAAUGAUAUCCGCAGGUUCAUUGUCAAUUGGGAGUUUCUGAUCUACCUGUUGGUGGAAACUGUACUCUUUUGUGCCUUGCUGUAUCUGUACGAGAGAAAAGGCCUGAAACACAUUGUGAUUCCAUUGCUGAUCUCCUCAUUACUUGCAUCAUUGACCGUGAUCUCAGUGAAGGCUGUGAAUGGGAUGUUGGCAAAUUCCAUCAAGGGCAAUUUCCAGUUACAGCACCCGAUAUUCUAUGUGAUGCUUAUUCUUUUGCUGGCAUCUUGUAUUUCCCAAGCACAGUACUUGAAUGAAGCCAUACAGCUCUAUGGUUCCAUGAAUGUGGUGCCAAUGAACUUUGUUUUCUCCACCGUUAGUGCCAUCCUAGCAGGGAUAAUAUUUUAUCAGGAAUUUCACAGUUCAGCAUUUCUGAAUGUGAUCAUGGUUUUGUUUGGGAGUUUGCUGUCGUUUCUUGGAGUGUUUCUGAUUACCAGAAACAGGGAAAAGAAGACCUCUGAAGUUUCAUAUGUUGACCCGGGCACGAUACCAAAACUAAAAUCUACAGCCAAAAUCCAGCCAGAUUUCAGAAGUAAACAUUCAUAUGGAACUGUACCGAGUGAAAAACAGGCUAAUGACUGUCAGACUGCAAAUGCAAAAUAAUUACGGUUCAACUGGCUUAGCAUCCCGAUGAAGUAUCUGAAAAUUAGGACGUCCUCAAACUGAAGGUGGAAUUAUGUGGAGCCCUGUAGCGUAUUGGUUAGAGAGUGAGGACCUGAGUUCGCUGGCGGGGCAGGUGGAAAUGUUAGCCAAGUUUCCUUACUCUACCUGCCGCUGUUUACCUAGCAGUAAAUAG